UCUUACUCUCAGUCUAUUUCACAUAUCAUCUUGAGCUAACUAACUAAGUAACUAACUGGAGUUCCAGGACUACACAGCAAAGUCAGGGGAAAUUGAGAUAAUUGGACUACUGUGUGGAGAAUAAGAGCCGCUCAGCAGUAUGGGCUCUAACCAGAGUAGCGAUAAGCUUCAUUGUAAUCGCUAUCUUAAUGGACAGGGUCCUCCAUCACUGGUCCAGCAAGCUACUGAAGAGGUAAAUGGGAAGUUCCGAGAACUGAGUGGCUGCCAACCAGAUGGCCAAAUGACCUAUGCAGUUCUCCACAAAGGCCUGCCUGGAUUUCCUGAUGACAGCACCCUAGAGCUCAACUUCUCAUUCCCUGAUGGAAAACAGACAGAAAAGCACCCUCACCCAGGCCAACAUUAUGCAGGGAGACAGCUCAAUGCUUACCUGCCUGACAACCAUGAGGGCAGGAAGGUUCUCAUUCUGGUGGAGAAAGCCUUCAACCAGGGGCUCCUGUUUAGAAUAGCCACAAAUAAAGAUGGUGAGGAUGUGAUCACGACAGCUUCAAUUCCUCUAAAAACGCAGCCGGAAGGAGGAACCACAGUUGAUGGCUACCCAGACUCUGACUACCUGAAGACUGUUAGAAAACUACUGAAGGAUAAUGGCAUUAAAUAACAUAAAACACACUGUUUAAUGGACAGAUGAAGCUGAUGACAGAUUAAGGUUUUUUUUUUGGUUUUUGAUUUUGUUUUUCUGAAAAGAACAUGUAGCACAAAUAUACUAACUAGAAAUGUGUCUAUGGCUUAUGAAGAAAAGCAGGCAAUUUAUUAAGCAAUAGUCUGGUGGUUUGGUGGUUCAGUCCUUGGCUUUUCCAGUCUGCAAAUCAGCGAUAUUGGCCCCAAUGCAGCCACCAAUGUGUGUUUUAUAGAUAAGCUAUAUGCAGAACUAUGCUCUGUAUGAGUGGGUGAAUGUGGCUUUUAAUUUUAAAAGAAAUUUGGGUGGAACAGAAAACUAUAAUAAGUUCAUUAUUUUGUAAUAUGUCUUAUGCGGACUUGUGUAAUUUGUGUGCUGUUUCAUUGCCAAUUAAAAAUAGCACAAAGACAACACAUCAGACAUUGAAAAUUAAGAAUGUCAUCACUUUUUAAACAGUAUA